AUGGCGCACGGCCUCGAUUCCCGGCCAACGGUGGAGGACUUCCGUGAGGAUAGCUCAUGGGUCCAGCUGGCCAAAACCCACUGGCUUGGGACCUCUAAGGUCCGCAAAGCCAAGCAGGAUGUUAUUAGAAAGGAAUUAUGGGAGCCCUUAGAAGCUGAAAACUUCAGCCUUCGUUCGCUCUUGACGCUGGAGAAUUUGAAUAUCCUGGAGAAAUAUCUGUGGCCGACAUAUUCGGAAGAUGCGUCCAAUCACCAUGUGCUAUUAAUUGCGCUGAUUGUUAGCAUUAAGCAGCGAGAUCAUUUGCCAAUAUGGGAGACCUUCUCUGACCGGCCCGACGACUUCUCCAACCUUUUCCAUCGGAUCCUCUCUAUGAGCGUCGACAAUUCUUUGUCUACCUUCUCCCGCCAAUCGAUAUUGUCCUUCAUUAUCAGUGCUUUUCAAUCUCUGGAGAACGUACUCAUCCGAAAGGAGUGCGCACCUCUCGUUUCGAUUUCCAUCUGGCACAAUCUCUCGAGCGAAGAAAUUAGGGAUCGGAUCCUUGCUAAGGUACCAUCCUUAAAGAAAGCCUGGAGAGCAGCUGGGAAGCGGUACGAAGCUGGAGAUGAGACGGCAAAGGCGAAGAUGCGAUUCGAACGAUCGUGGCUCUUUACUAUGCUUCUGGAUUUCUUGCGGCGAUUGAAUGGGUCCGAGCAGGAAUUGUCCGAUAAUUUACGCUAUUGUGAGAGGUUUCUGGAAUAUCUGGUGGACUUGGAGAGUCAGCUCCCGACACGGCGUUACGUCAAUACGUUAUUGAAGGAUCUCAACUUACUCCCGGUUAUACGGCUUUCCCAAAUGUACCGUUCUCCUGAAAAUGCUCUCUUCCGCGACCUCUUUGAGCUUCUUAAACAUUUUUCUGGAUUCGCAAUCGACGAUUACACCGGCGAGCCUCUUGACCCCCAGGCAAUCUAUGAGAGCCAUUCCCAAGAGCUGGCACAUUUGCAGCGAACCGCGAUGAAGCACUUCAAGGAUAAGUUGAUGAUCCUUGCUCUGUCAAACUACGGCUCAAUUGAGCAACGCUCAGAACUGGAAGGGCAACUGAGUGCCCUAAACGAUUCCGAGCUUGAAAGUCUCUGUAUGCACCUGGGUUUCCGGACAGAUUAUCCCAAACAAUCCGGGGUCAUACCAACUCGACAUCUCUAUCUCGAGAUACUUUUGUCGUUCUACGAGCGCAAGGUACCGUUUCAAGAGACCGCAUCCCGACUCAGCAUUGUGCCCACAGAGAAAGAUCUCUAUGACCCUUCAUUCUUGCGAAACGAAACCUAUGACGGAUCUCGACCGCUUGCGAUUCCGAAACUGAAUCUUCAAUAUCUGAGCCUUGGCGACUUUCUUUGGCGGUCGUUCCUGCUGUAUCGUUUCGAAGCUUUCUUCCAGAUCCGAAAGGAUAUGGAAGCGAUUAUCAAGCGGAUGCAGCCUCGAUCAAGCCGCGAUGGCAAAACGCUGACCUUCGAUGGUUUCUCUCGCAUGGCCAUUCCCAUCUCCAAACCAGCCAUAAUCGAGGUUGCACCUCCUAAAGUAGGCUCGUCAGACCCAGCUUUUGUGAGAGCUGAGAUUGCAAUUGAAGUUGGCAGGUUAGCAGAUUACAUUCGGAAGGAAUGGGACUCACUUCGUCCAGAUGACGUCGUCUUCCUUCUAGCUGUCCAACCGGGUACUGCGAACAAUUCCGUUUUCAGGGACAGCUCAGCAGAGACUCCGAGUCUGAUGCACCUUAGGACUGCAACAGUGGUUCAGGUUCUCGAUGAACAGGGUCGCCCACUUCGUGAACCAGUUGCGGGCCACACGAAUGGAUAUCAAUCUCGACCUCGCCUCCGGAGAUUGCUGCUCAAUCUGGAUCCGUCCGCUUUCAAGGCUGAUAAGGAUCGCACCUCCCAAGGAAAGCAGGACAUUUAUCCCUUCAUAAACGUGAUUGCAAGACGGAAAGGGCGGGAGAACAAUUUCAGGUCGAUACUUGAGAACAUGCAGAGACUCAUUGUCUCAGAUGUUACCCUUCCUUCUUGGAUUCAGGAUAUCUUUCUAGGAUACGGAGACCCUGCAGGUGCCAGGUAUACUGAAUUGCCCAACCGACUGAGGUCGGUCGAUUUCCGAGACACUUUCUUGGACUGGCAGCACCUAGUUGAGAGUUUCCCAGGGUGCACCAUUGAGCCUUCGGGUAAUGAGGCGUCGAGUUUCGGGCCCCCAUACGUAAUUGAAUACGUUGAAAGUUCUUCCAAAGCGCCUUCAACAACAUCGUCGAAGAAGCGGCGGAGAGAUCCGGUUGAAAAGGAAGGAACAAGUGCACGAGUGAUGCGCGUGUCGACAUAUAAACAGCCAAACCCAGGUCCCUAUCCUGUCGAUGCUCCCAAGCUCAACGCCAUUCGUUUCACCCCAGCUCAGGUCGAAGCUAUCGCAUCCGGCACGCAGCCCGGACUGACUGUGAUUGUUGGCCCUCCUGGAACUGGUAAAACGGAUGUUGCAACACAAAUCAUCAAUAAUAUUUACCAUGACUUCCCGAAGGAGCGUACCCUUCUGAUCGCGCACAGUAACCAGGCUCUUAAUCAGUUAUUCCAGAAGAUUGUGGCCCUAGACAUCGAUGAACGUCAUCUCCUUCGACUCGGCCAUGGUGAAGAGGAACUCGAAACCGAAACUAGUUACAGCAAAUAUGGCCGUGUCGAGUCAUUUCUUGAAAACCGCAACUACUUCCUCGCUGAAGUGACACGCUUAGCGGCGUCGAUUGGUGCAGAAGGCGCACACGGCAAUUCGUGUGAGACGGCUGGAUAUUUCAAUACAGUCUACAUCCAGCCAGCCUGGGCGAAAUUCUUCGACCAUGCUCGUGCCGAAAGUACAACCACCGAUGAUAUCAUUGCGUCUUUCCCAUUCCAUGCCUACUUCUCAACUGCCCCUCAGCCUGUGUUCGAUCCGGCCGCUUCGAAGGAGACAUUGCUGGAUGUGGCGGAAGGCUGUCAACGGCAUAUCGACAAGAUCUUCUCUGAGCUAGAGGAUAUUCGCCCAUUUGAGAUUUUGAGGCAAUCGCGUGACAAGGCAAACUAUCUCCUUGUGAAAGAAGCGAGAAUAAUUGCUAUGACAUCUACGCAUGCGGCAAUGCGUCGACAAGAAAUCGCCGACCUUGGCUUCCAUUAUGACAACGUCGUGAUGGAAGAGGCGGCGCAGAUUACUGAGAUUGAAAGUUUUAUUCCAUCCGCCCUACAGCACAUGAAGAACGGCGAGCUCCCUUUGAAACGCGUUGUACUUUGCGGCGAUCACCUUCAGAACUCUCCGAUCAUUCAGAACCUUGCUUUCCGCCAGUACGCCCAUUUCGAGCAGAGUCUUUUCCUACGCUUGGUAAGACUAGGUGUCCCUGCGAUUAAUCUUGAUCAGCAGGGCCGGGCAAGGCCUAGCUUGGCAGAACUCUUCCGGUGGCGUUAUAAGGAGCUUGGAGAUCUGCCCAUUGUUCACACGUCUCAAGAAUACAAACAGGCGAAUGCUGGCUUCCAGUACGACUAUCAGUUCAUCAACGUCCCAGAUUAUCAAGGGAGCGGAGAAAGGGAGCCGACCCCUCACUUCAUCCAGAACCUGGGAGAAGCCGAGUACGCUGUCGCCAUUUAUCAGUACAUGCGACUCCUCGGGUACCCGGCAUCGAAGAUAUCAAUUCUUGCUACCUACGCAGGCCAAACCGCGCUGAUUAAAGACGUUCUUGCCCAUCGGUGUGGUAAAAAUGCACUGUUUGGCAUGCCCAAAAUCGUGACAACUGUGGAUAAGUAUCAGGGUGAACAGAACGACUACGUUAUUCUUUCCCUCACGCGAACUCGCACAGUUGGCUAUCUCCGAGACGUUCGCCGCCUUACGGUUGCUCUUUCCCGUUCCCGUCUAGGCCUCUAUAUCCUCGGUCGUCGCGAGGUGUUCGAGUCAUGCUUUGAACUCAAGCCGGCCUUUGACCUUCUCCUACAGCGCCCUGACAAACUCAUGUUAACCACGGGCGAAAUGUUCCCAACCACAAGAUCGCUGGACGACGAGGUUCAGGGUACGCCUAUGGAGGGAGUCGAACAUCUCGGGCAAUAUGUGUUUGAGAUGUCUCAGGCCAAGGUUAAGGCCAUGGGUGAUCAGGACAUCAUAGUAGACGAUGCAAUGCCUGACGGGGAAAACGAGCUGUUGGACGAGGAUGAAGUUAUGCUUGGAGCGGGCGAUGAGCCCGAGGAGGACCCAUUGCAUGAGCAGACUUGA